AUAGUGUUUUGGGGGCUCGAAUCCACAACGUUGGGGCCCAGCAAGUCAAUCGUGUGAGAGAGAAUACGCGCGCCGCACAAUAAACAUUGCAAAUACCGUACAAAACAUCUUCGCCUCCCGCGCUUAUAAUUACUUUUAUGGCGCAUCAGCAGCAACAAAGACUACGCCUCAUCACGGCCACAGCCAUCAAAAGCCUUCAGCAGGAAAGCCGCCGCAACUAUAUUAGCAGCUAACAUUGGCAAACAUUAUUACGUUAAACAAAUAUUUUGCCACCAUUUUGCAUCGUCUCAUUGAUUUAUUGGAUCAAGCAGAGGAAGUACCGCAAGAUAUUGCCUAUUGCCAGCUGUUGAGAGAGCAGAGGUUCACAGAAAGAGAAAGAGCAAGAGAGAGAGAGAGAGAGGGAGGAAAGUGAAUUUUUAGCCGGUCAACGUCCUGCGGUGUGGUGAAGGUGAGAGAAAGGACAUUGCGCCUACCGGCUUCCCUCUCCCACGCACACAAACACUCUCACUUAGACACGCUCUUUGGUCUAAAGUGCUUCCCACCACAUUGAGGCAAAAACAAAGUUCUUCAAGAUAAGAGAAAACCGGUAAACAACCCAAAUAGCGUAAUCGGAGGCCGCCGCCCCCCGCAACUGCUACCAGCAACCAGUAAGCACUUAAUCCCCCCGCGAAGCAGCAACACACACACGCAAAAUGCGCCUGUUCCCGGUACGCCUCUCGGCCGCCUCGUCCUCGAUGGCUAGCCUGGCCAAAAUGCUCGACUUCUACUCGGGCUUCAACCCGUCGCCGCUAUCCAUCAAACAGUUUAUGGACUUUGGUCAAAAUGCUUGCGAGAAAAAAUCGUUCAUAUUUCUGCGAAAGGAGCUGCCGGUGCGAUUGGCCAAUAUCAUGAAGGAGAUUGCCCUGCUGCCGGACAAUCUGCUGCAUACCAGAUCCGUCAGCGAGGUGAGCUCCUGGUAUGUGAAGAGCUUCGAGGAGGUGCUGGAGUACGAGAAGGCCGAACCCACACAUGACAAUUUGCACAAGUUUGUGCAUCAUCUGGAUCUCAUUAGGAAUCGGCACAACGAUGUGGUGCAGACAAUGGCCCAGGGCGUCUUUGAAAUGAAGGAGAACGAGGGCGGUGCGGUAGAUGCGCCCACCGAGACCUCCAUACAGUACUUUCUCGACCGGCUGUACAUGUCGCGCAUCAGCAUCCGGAUGCUGAUCAAUCAGCACACUCUGCUCUUUGGAGCGAAUCCACAUUCGGGUGGUCGGCAUAUCGGCUGCCUGGACCCAGCCUGUGACCUGUCGGACGUUGUGCGCGAUGCGUAUGAGAACGCCCGCUUCCUCUGUGAUCAAUACUAUCUGACGAGCCCAGCGCUGGAGAUCCAGGAGCAUAGCAGCGAGCCAGAGGCUAGCCUGCCCAUCCGCACUGUCUACGUGCCCUCGCAUUUGUAUUACAUGCUCUUCGAGCUAUUCAAGAACUCAAUGAGAGCGGUGGUGGAGCAUCACAAUAAUGACAACUGUGACACCCUGCCGCCCCUCAAGGUGGCCAUCUGUCGCGGUCAGGAAGACAUCUGCGUGAAGAUCUCCGAUCAGGGCGGCGGCAUUCCACGCUCCCAAACGGACCAGCUAUUCAAGUACAUGUACAGCACGGCUCCGCAGCCAUCGAAGUCGGAUCUGCACACGGUUCCUUUGGCCGGCUAUGGGUACGGUCUACCCAUAUCGCGGCUCUACGCUCGCUAUUUCCAUGGCGACAUUGUACUGCUCUCGUGCGAGGGCUUUGGCACAGAUGCCAUCAUCUAUCUGAAGGCACUGUCCGAUGAGGCCAACGAGCUGCUGCCCAUCUUCAACAAGACGAGCUCCAAGUUCUAUCGCGCGACGGUGCCCACGGGCGACUGGUCUAAUCAGAGCUCGGAUAUGAAUGCCAGACAACUGUCGGCCACCAUACCGAAACGCUACAAUGACUUUGCCCAGGAUGCUUAAGAUGAUUCCACGCACGCAAAAUGCUACAUGCUACUCAGGUUAAGGACUAACACAUAUGACAUAUGAUUCAGGA